UAGCAACCAAGUCAGCUAGACUCAGAAGAAGACACAGAUUCAGGAUCUCUGUCCCCUACAUGCUGGGUCCAGUGCUGUGACUGAUGGGUUUGUGAAGAGAGGAGAUGAGGUACUUCUGGAAGUCAUGGAUGAUGCUACAAAGGAAUUUGAUUUGUUUGUCUGGACAUUUAAUACAAGCAAAGUUUUAGUAAGAUAUUCACCUGGUGGAAAACCAAGAGUCUCUGAAAGUUACACUGGAAGAGUUGAGUUCUCUGUGGAAAAUUACUCAGUGAAAUUGAAGAAUCUACAAGAUGACGACAGUGGAGUUUAUACAGCACUAGUGGUAGGAGCUAAAGACCAAACAAUAGCUAAAUACAUGGUCACAGUUCAAGGUCCAGUGUCUCCAGUUGAUCUGAAUCCAGACUCUGUGUCCAUCAGCUCAGACUCCUGUAACCUCACUGUGACCUGCAGCACAGAGGACUCACACAUCAGCAGCACUUUCACAUGUGACACCAAAACCUGCUCUCAGGAGGGAGGAGACCAGUCAAAGGUCACCAACUCUGGUGCUUCCCUCUGUGUCCACCUGCUCAAUGACGCAAUCAUCUGUCACCAUAGCAACCAAGUCAGCUGGACUCAGAAGAAGACACAGACUCAGGAUCUCUGUCCCCUACAUGCUGGUCUGAACCCCCCCAAAAUCUGAAUCAUCUUUCAGCAGAUGAUGAUUCAGCUCGUUCUGGGGUUGUACAAAGGAUCCACUAAGACUAAAACCAACCAUCUGCCAGAGAGUCCGUAUGCAACAGUAGAAAAGCCUACCAGGUCCUGAGAUAAAUCAUCAAGACAAACUGAAUAUAUUCAACAUGUUAAUAUAAGCCUUACCCUGACAUGAGCUGGGCUUCACAGUAUUGUACAUGAACUGUAUUUGUACAUGGAGUUCUUUUUAACAGUGUGUCCAGAGAACUUUUAAACAGUUGACGUGUAUGGUCCUGUCUCCCUUUCUUUUUCUGGGUUUGGGGAAUGUGUUCAUUAUUUAAAGGUUAAAAGGUUAAUUACUCUGUAAAAUAUUAGCCCUGAGGGCUCAAGGUCUUGUGGAGUUUUUGGAGAAAAGAUACCACAUAUAAGGAGUGUGUUGGAACUGAGCAGCAGGGAGUUCUACAGUUGGUCCCUGAAGGUCCCUCAGAUUCAGCAAGAGUUUUUGACAUUGUUCUUUCAUGCAAUAAA